CCAGAAACAAUAUUGUUUCACAAGGUAACAUGUACUUGAUUUUGGUUCAUAAGGCCAAUUUUUGAUUCGUUGCAUCAUUCAUGUCUCUUUCCUGCUAAAAUUUACUAUUUUUAUCACGUGUUUCCAAAAAAAAAAACUAUACAACAAUAAGCUAUCCAUUAUCAAAUUUCAUACCUCACCUUCCUCCGGCCAACUGGCCGGGGCACACGCUAGUUCUAUCUAUGGGGGGAGAGAGAAAAAUUUAAUAAUGUUUCAUGGAAACGUUGGAACGAAAUAAGAAAAUUACAAGAAAGCCCCUCCGUUUCUAGAAAUGGACGAGGCCCAAUAGGCCCAACGGGAACACAAUAUGGCGGGGUCCACAGGGGUCGGUUAGCAUGCUAACCCCCUUAGGGGUUGGAAAAAUGACACCCCGUAGUAUAUUAAAUAGAACUAUAGAAUUUAAUACACACAUUAAAUACACAUUAGGAAUUAAAUGUACCAUAUUAAUUAGAAAUUCUCUCACUAUUAAAUACACAUUAGGAAUUAAAUAUACACAUUAAAUACACAUUAGGAAUUCUCUCACUAUAUUUGAUUUUUCCUUUUUCAGCAGUCUCCGACCACUAGACUUCCUCCGACCGCCACACUUCUCCGGUGAAAAUCCCAUCGGUAGACUCCCUCCGACCACCUCCAAAAAAUAUACCACUGCACUGAUACGGUGUACCACUGUACCGGUAGAUAUACCACUGCACUGGUAGCGAUAUCAGUGCACUGGUAGCAAUGUCAUAUCUGAGUAUCAGUGCAGUGGUACAAAUACCAGUAAAGUGGUAAUUAAUGUGGUGUAUUUAAUGCUUACUUUGUAUUUAAUAACAAAACAUUUAUUAUGUUUAUUUUCAUUAAUACUUGUCAAUAAUUAAUAAAAAGUUGACCAAUUAAAAGGGGUGUCAAAAAACCAACCCCUUAAGGGGUUAGCAUGCUAACCCGUCCCGGGUCCACAGAACUGAGGGACGCUGACGCUCGGUGGGGUCCACUGCCCCGGACGAAAUCGCUCCUCCUGGCCGUCUCGCGUGGUUUUCCCUUCUUCCGUUCCCGCAUUUUAGUGCGUGUCCCCCAAGCUUCCAUGUCUGGCUGCCUGCAAUACUGUAACCAAGUCUAACACACUCAUUCACACACUCCGGCCCUUUUAACCCAAGUAUCCUCCAAACAUCGCCUUUCUCACUCACCAUUGGUUUUCAUUUCAAAAUUCAAAUAUUCUCUCGCACACUCUCAAUUUCUAUCUCGUUGUCGACGACGGAAUCUCUUUCCUCAGAGCUCCACCGCCAUGGUUGUCGCGCAGAAGGUGAAAGAAGCGGAGAUCACCGAGCAGGAUUCCCUUCUACUGACUAGAAAUCUGUUGCGGAUAGCGAUUUUCAAUAUCAGCUACAUCAGAGGCUUGUUUCCAGAGAAGUAUUUCACCGAUAAGAACGUUCCUGCUUUAGAGAUGAAGAUCAAGAAGUUGAUGCCUAUGGAUGCUGAAUCUCGUCGACUGAUUGACUGGAUGGAGAAAGGUGUCUACGACGCAUUACAGAAGAAGUACCUCAAGAAGCUUUUGUUCUGUGUAUGCGAGGCAAUAGACGGACCAAUGAUCGAGGAGUACACAUUUUCCUUCAGUUACUCUGAUUCUGAUAGUCAAGAGGUCUCCAUGAACAUCAACCGAAUUGGCAACAAGAAAAAGGGAGGAAGCUUCAAGUGUAACUCCGUGGCUGAAUGCACUCCUAAUCAGAUGAGGAGUUCAGCUUGUAAAAUGGUGCGCACGCUUGUUCAGUUGAUGAGAACUCUUGAUAAGAUGCCGGAGGAGCGCACUAUACUGAUGAAACUCCUCUACUAUGACGAUAUCACGCCUCCAGACUACGAGCCACCAUUCUUUAAGGGAAGCUCAGAGGAAGAUGCCCACAAUCCAUGGACUAAAAGUCCUCUGAAGUUGGAGGUUGGAAACGUCAACAGCAAGCAUUUUGUGUUGGCUCUCAAGGUAAGAAGUGUCCUCGAUCCAUGUGACGAUGGAAAUGAGGACAUGGAAGAAAAUGCUGUGAACUUAGGAGCUGAUUCUGAUCCAGGCAGCGACUCUUCUGACGAAUCUGACAGUGAGGGUAAUGUAUCAGAAGACCGGUACAUAGUAGCACCAGCCGGCAAGCAGCAGCAAACAGAAAUAUAUUCUGGCAUCCCUGAUCAAGAUGAUACUCAAGAUCCGGAGGAAGAUGAGCAACAGCUUGCUAGGGUGAAGGACUGGGUUAAUAGUUACCAUCGUAAUACCAUUGAACUAACGGAUAUCCUCUCCCAUUUCACAGAUAUCACAGUGGCGUUGACCGAAGAAAUCAUCGACAAGCUUGUGAACCAAGGUGUUCUAUCAAAAGCAGAAAAGGAUCUUUACACCAUAAACAAGCUGAAGACAUCUGAGUUCGACUUCACGAUGGUCAAAGAAGAAAUGGAAGGCCAAGCAGCACAACUCGGAGAUAAAACCACACAGGCCAAUGAUUACUUAUACAUGAAGGCUCUGUACCACGCGCUUCCCAUGACCUACGUGACAGUACCAAAGCUUCAGAGUGAACUUAAAGGAGAAGGCUGCAAUCUGACUACCGUGCGAAAACUGAUGAACAAGAUGACCAACGACGGUUACCUUGAAGCGAAAGGCAGCUGCAGAUUAGGCAAGCGUGUGAUCCACUCUUGGAUGACUGAGAAGAAGCUCAUGGAAGUGAAGCAAGCCCUUUUCCAAGGCGACCCAAUGGAUCUCGACGCUAUUGAAAAUCAAACGAAGACAGCUGCGCAACCAGAAGUGCCUACAUCCGGAACUGAACAUAGAGACAAUAAUAACUCAACCUGCGGAGGUGUCCAUUCGGUGGGUUCGGAUUUGACCCGGACGAAGCUGGGAUCUAUCCGGACCGAGCAGACUGUCUCGAAGCCUAGGGAACAUGGGAACACCCCAACUAGCAGGGCUGCUGCUGAGCCGGUUGCUUCGAGGGAGAGCGGAAAUGUGGAAGGUGCUGUCUGCAGCAGAUCUUCUCAGGACAGGAAGGGCAGGAAAUCCAGCACGGUUAAGGAUCCCAUAAUCCAGUUCAAGCGUCUGAAAUCACAAGCAGCUCUUUAGAGUUGCAAAAAUGGCCUAUACGGGAAGUUCGUUUUUACUGCUUGAUCAGGUUAUAUAGUCAGUUCCUGACUGACUCGGGAAUGAGAUGCUUCAUAUAGUUACGUUUGUUUUGUAGUGUGGUAUUGAUGACUACUUUUUUCGGUUCAAUUUUCGGACAAAUUUAUUUGCUCCUGUUUCAUAUUCCAAGCCUUUGAUUCCGACCAUAGUUGUAGACAGAUAAGUAGUCAAGAGUCUAGACAUAUGAGUUGAUCUUGCGCACUGCUGACCAUUAAAAACGAUCUAGGUGAAACGUUCUUGUCGAUAGCUUAUCGGCUGCCUUUUUAUUGUAGUGAACUGCUGGUAAACCUUUCUUUCUUACCAUAGUUACAAAAUUUGGAAAUUUGCUGCCUCAAUGCUGUCCUUGUUUGACAAUUCGCAGUAUGCUGAUCUUAUCUCCCUUAAGCCUUUCACUUAAUCUGUCAGAGCAAUUUUGCUGUGCAUUGGCAGCAGUCAGCUGGACCAUCUCUUCCCUCCAAAAUCUUGCUGCUAUGCCGAUGAGGGGGUUGGAGUUGGGGCACACGAUAUGGUUUCGUAAUUAUAUGUGUGAGAUAACUGAUUACAUAUUUGUAAAUAACAUUAUCAUGAUGGUAAUUAAUACAAUAAUAAUUUCAUGUUGAUUUGGAGGUUACACAAUAGUUAAAUUAAAUUAUUAUGGCCUCAAAGUUCGAACUUGUGGUCGAUAAUCUCAUCCUCAAAUUACCGGAACACUAAACCAAUCUUUUGAGGGAUGUCGAGAGAAAAGUUUCAAAACUUCAUUUCCCAUGUGAUGUCGGCACCUUUGGUAUGCACUUGGUGUUGAAUUGAAAGAUUUCAAUCAUAUCAAGUCACGAGAUUGCUUGGUCUGAAUUAGAGAAAUCAAGGGAUUUGCAGCCGCAAUCAAGGGAUUUGCAACCGCAAUCAAGGGGGAGCUUCUGCCUAUGGAAAGUCCCAAACCUUCCAAGUCUGGAUCGAUUCAAAAAGCCUCUGUCCAACAGCUAUCUUCUUGACGACUAUUUAAAGGAAGAAUAGAGUUCGUUUGGUCACUGGUUCUGGGAUUCUUUGUGGAAUAGGGCAAAGGGUUGGGGAUUAUCAGUGGCCUUGAUCAUUCUGAGGAAUAGGUUCAGAUUAUCAAGCGUUGUGACGAAUUCCUGCGCGAAUUCGGUUGUUGUUUCUUCUGCUUUUGAUUUUCACAUUCGAGUCUGUAUUUGGGUCUUUUCUUUUCGUUAUAGAGUCAAAGAAAAUCAAAAGUGUCUCUCGGAAUAGUGUCUACUAUUCCGGGACGAGGAGUAGCCUUGUGGCGAACCUCGUUAAAAUCCUGUUGUGUCAUUUACUUUCUGCUUUUCUCUGCUUUCGCUUCCCCUGCUCGUUCUUCCUCUGUUUCUGUCAAUUCUGGUUCAGCAAAGAGGAAGAAGAUCAUCCUCUGGUUCUCUGUACCUAAGUUCGGACUCGGGUUGAAAUUAAGCCCAGUUUCCGAUCUAUUUGGUCUGUGGUCCAUUUUUUCACUCGGCCCACUUAAGUCCGACUCAAAACAGACGAAGUUGAAACGUUUCGUUCUAUUGAAUUAAGCUUGGUCAAAAUCCCUAAAUCAUCUCAUCCAUUUUCUCUGCUCGAAGAGCUCUUCCACUUUUUACACUUGGGACUGCUAACCGUUCCGAAUUCACAACGCAAACAAGAAGGGAGGAAAAAGGGCGUGGGGUUGGUUGCCUUGGCUAAGGAAACGGGACAACAUCACCCGUCCCACGUUCCCCCACAUUGUACCAUAUCCUAGGGCUGGACGUUCGGGUUCGGUUUUAUGGGUAACCCGGAAUUGGACCGAAAUUUCUGGGUUUUGGGUACCCGGGAACCGAAAUAUCAUAGUGAAAAAUGGGUCUCGGUAUCGCAUGUGGCUAUUUUUUGGGUUUUGGGUAAACCGAACCCGGACCCGAAAAUAAAAGGACCCGAAGUGG